CUAGAGAAGUAGUGGAAGUCCGAAAGACUAGCUCCCUUGAUAAGUCCACACUCCACAAGUACGAAACCAUUUAGUCGAGCCGCGUCAUCAAGGAGCCUCACUGGUGCACUGCACAACGCGACGCCAUGUGGUUAAGUCAAGCGAAGCGGCAUGCCAUCCAGAAUCCACCCUGGUGCCUGGGCAUAUCCACGUCCACACAAAUUGCAACUCUUUGAGGGAUUGAUCGUUGAAGGAGCGUUCAUUUCUUCCCUUCUCCGUACUGCCAUUUAUCAUUUUUUGUUUGUCACUACUCACUCGAUUUGUGAGUUCCCACUCACUCCGUCCCGAUUGCCGGCCACAGAAGAGGAGUUAUACAAAACUAGGCAUAGGAGAGAUGGAGUUUGUUUGCCAACUGUCGUGUUUUUCAACUGUAAUGGAUGGUGGUUAUUUUCCAACUUCGCCGAGGAGCGUUUCCCAAUUAGAUAAGCAUCACCGGAAACAUGGCCAUUUCAACAAGCUCUGUCUCGCAGCUGAGAGUGAGAAUGGCUUCAGCUUCCACCCCUUUGACGUUGUCAAGAGCCGAUGAUGAGAGCAAUGUCAGUUCAGCAACUACGAGAGCUUCGUUGCUUGCCAAGUCUAGUAGCGCCAUGGAACAACUUGAUUUUGAACGCGGUGUUUGCGUUCCCUUUCGCAAGUACACUCCAGAAACAGUGAAGAAUAAGGUUUUGGAGUCGAGAGGGGCUAUACUUUCUCUCUUUGGUCGGGGUGUGGAGAUAGUUUGGAAUUUGGGUCUCUAUUGGUCCACCCUUAUGUAUGACUGCUUGAUUGGUCGAGAUAAAGGUGUUCCUUAUCGUGCCCGGCAACUCAGGAAUUUGUUGUGUGAUUUGGGGCCUUCUUUCAUCAAAGCUGGGCAGGUUCUGGCGAAUAGACCAGACAUUAUUAGGGAGGAUUAUAUGAAUGAGCUCUGCAUUCUUCAAGAUGAUGUUCCUCCUUUUCCUAACCAGGUUGCCUUCGCAAUUAUUGAAGAGGAGUUCGGCCGGCCUCUUGAAGCUGUUUUCAGUAAAAUUUCAUCAAAGACAAUUGCAGCUGCAAGUUUGGGUCAGGUUUACCGUGCUACUUUACGUGACACUGGGGAGGAUGUUGCUAUUAAGGUGCAAAGGCCUCGGAUAGAACCUAUAAUCUACCGUGAUCUUUUCUUGUUUCGUACGCUUGCUUCCUUCUUGAACGGAAUUAGUCUACAGAAACUGGGAUGCAAUGCAGAGCUCAUGGUUGAUGAAUUUGGUGAGAAGCUUCUAGAGGAACUUGAUUAUACCUUGGAGGCUAGAAAUAUUGAGGAUUUUCUGGAGAACUUCAAGAAUGAUCCUACUGUCAAGAUUCCUUGGGUUUAUAAAAAGCUUUCAGGUCCACAUGUUUUAGUAAUGGAAUGGAUUGAUGGUAUCCGGUGUACUAAUCCACAGGCUAUUAAAGAGGCAGGCAUUGAUGUAAAUGGAUUUUUGACUGUUGGAGUGAGUGCCGCCUUGCGACAAUUACUAGAAUUCGGAUUGUUUCAUGGAGAUCCACAUCCUGGAAAUAUCUUUGCUAUGCGUGAUGGCCGUAUUGCAUAUGUAGACUUUGGGAAUGUUGCUGUCCUCAGCCAGCAAAAUAAACAGAUUUUGAUUGAUGCUGUUGUCCAUGCUGUAAACGAGGACUAUGUUGAGAUGGCAAACGAUUUCACCAGGCUGGGCUUCCUUGCUAGUGGGACUGAUGUUUUGCCUAUUAUCCCAGCAUUGGAAGCAAUAUGGCAAAAUUCAUCUGGAAAGGGGUUAUCCGAUUUUAAUUUUAGAAGUGUUACUGGAAAAUUCAAUCAGUUGGUUUACCAGUAUCCAAUACGUAUCCCCGAGAGGUUUUCUCUUGUUAUUCGUUCUUUAUUGACUCAAGAAGGCAUCUGUUUCACGUUGAAGCCAGAUUUUAAAUUUCUUGAGGUGAGGAUGGAUCUUUACUGUUUCAUUUUUCUUUUUUUCCCCCUGGAGACCAUUGAAAAUCUUGAUCUCAAAUUUGAAGUUCUGUAGUAUGGAAGAGGAUAU